AUGAUCGCACUUCAUUGGCGUUCGUCGUCAUUUUUCUAUUCGUUGAUCGGUUUCUUUCUCGGCGCUUCGAUAUGUCUUUUGUUGCAAGGAGGGCAAUAUCGGGGAUUAGGACAACGAAUGCUAAUAUAUCAUCGCCGUUUUAUCGGGAAAGUUCUCGACUUGAACAAUAAGACGUUGGCUGGUGAGAUUUCGAAAAAAGUUCGGAUAUUAUGUUGGAUAUUAACUGGUCGACAAUUUCACUGGAAACGAGCUAUUCAUGUUAAAACCACUUGGGGUCGACGAUGUGACAAAUUGAUCUUUAUGUCAAGCGAGAAUAACACGAUGUUCCCAGCUAUUGAUUUAGGGGUUAAAGAGGGACGAAAUCAUUUGUGGGCAAAGACGAAAAAAGCACUACGAUACGUUUACGACAAUUACAUUAAUGAUUACGAUUGGUUUUUGAAAGCUGAUGAUGACACGUAUGUGAUUAUGGAGAAUCUGAAAUUCAUGCUACUAUCGAAAGAUCCAAAAGUGCCGAUAAAUUAUGGAUUUGAAUUCUCGGUGAAGCUCAAAUACAAGCAGAAUCCAGUGCUUAGUGGAGGUGCUGGAUAUGUUUUAUCGAAAGCAGCACUUUUCAAAUUUGUCACAGAAGCACUGGGAAAAUCCUCAAAAUGCAGUACAAGGGAAAAAGGAUCUGAAGAUGUUGAACUCGCAAGAUGUCUUAAGAAUGUGGGAGUGAUUCGCGGAGAUAGUCGAGACGAGGGUGGCAAGCAAAGAUUUAUUCCGGUUUCAAUCGACAGCGCUUUCAUCCCACAGGAUAAACAGGGCUAUUGGUUCAUCAAACGCUCAAAAUACCCGUUCAGUCGAAAUCACAUCUCAAAUCUAACAAUCGCCAUUCAUUACGUGAAUGGAGGAAUGAUGCACGCGUUAGAACAUCUCCUCUAUCAGGCACGCAUUUAUGGAAAUGAGAUACCAAUUAGUUCCCCAGAAGAAGCAACGAAACUCCUGGAAAAAGCUCGAGAAGAUUCGGAGAAAUCUUCUGGAUCUGAAGAUCCGAUGAAGAACCUAACCGCUCUACUAGAUUUACCAACUUUAAAUGACUCAAAAUCACCAAAAACAAAAUUGAUAUCC